UAGGUUUGUUGCCGAUCUCUGUGGAUGGGCCAGUCGGCUUCGACUGCUGCCGGAAUCUUAUCGGCGUCUAGCCGUCGUCUAAGCAACUUCGACCAUCACCGAACCAAGAGCAGAUCCUCCACGGCGCUUAUCUCUCUGAUGCCGGGGGGUGAUGUUGAUGUUGAUGUUGAUGUAGAUGUAGAUAUAGAUGUGGAUGUCGAUGUCGAUCUACAGGGGAACCACUGCUACCACCCCGAUGGGAAUGCUAACUACAUCUCCGAUCUCCCUGACGAGUGCUUGGCUUACAUUUUUCAGUCACUUGGCUCCGGCGACCGCAAGCGCUGCUCCCUCGUCUGCCGUCGUUGGCUUCUUGUUGAGGGUCAGAGCAGACAUCGCCUCUCCCUCAAGGCGGAGUCCGAUCUCCUACCUCUCAUCCCAUCUCUCUUAACACGCUUCGAUGCCGUUACCAAACUCGCCCUCAAAUGUGACCGAAGAUCUGUCAGCAUCGGCGACGAGGCUCUUGUUCUCAUCUCUCUCCGCUGCCGUAACCUUACACGUCUCAAACUCCGUGCUUGCCGUGAGCUGACAGACGCUGGCAUGGCCGCCUUUGCCAUCAACUGCAAGGGCUUGAAGAAGCUCUCCUGCGGUUCCUGUACCUUUGGUGCCAAGGGCAUGAACACCGUACUCGAUCACUGCUCCUCUCUUGAAGAGCUCUCCAUCAAGCGCCUUCGUGGCAUCAACGAUGGUUCUGCUGCCAAGCCUAUCGGCCCCGGCGUCGCUGCCUCGUCCCUAAAGACCAUCUGCCUCAAGGAGCUCUACAACGGGCAGUAUUUUGGACCCCUGAUUAUGGGCUCGAAGAAUCUCAGGACCUUAAAGCUCUUUCGCUGUUCCGGGGAUUGGGAUAAGCUCUUGGAAGCCAUAGCGGAUCGGGUUACUGGUCUGGUCGAAGUCCACCUGGAGAGACUCCAAGUUAGCGAUGUCGGCCUCGCUGCCCUCUCUAAUUGCUCCAAUCUGGAGAUCUUGCACCUUGUGAAGACUCCCGAAUGCACGAAUGCGGGGCUUGUGUCGAUAGCUGAUCACUGCAAGCUCCUGAGGAAGCUUCACAUCGAUGGAUGGAAGACCAAUAGGAUAGGUGAUGAGGGCCUUGUUGCCAUCGCCAAUCGAUGCCCUAACCUUCAGGAGCUGGUUCUGAUUGGUGUCAAUCCUACUUCUUUGAGUUUGGGCCUGCUCGCUGCCAAUUGCCAGAAUCUUGAACGCUUAGCGCUCUGUGGGAGCGAGACGAUUGGUGAUACUGAGAUUUCAUGCAUUGCUGCUAAAUGCAUCGCAUUGAAGAAGCUCUGCAUCAAGGGCUGCCCUGUCUCCGACCAUGGGAUGGAAGCGCUUGCUGGUGGCUGCCCUAAUCUGGUCAAGGUGAAGGUCAAGAAGUGCAGGGGAGUUACUUCUGAGGGUGCGGAUAGGUUGAGGGCAUGUCGGGGGUCAAUGGCUGUCAAUUUGGAUACUGGCGAAAUCGACCAUCAGGAUGCUAGUGCCAGUGACGGCGGAGCACAGGACAACGGACUGGAGUUCCCUCCAGUGGUUAGCCACAUCCCAGCUGUUGAUAAUCCAUCUAGCAGUUCCAGUAGAUCGGCAUUGUUCAAGGGCAGAUUAGGCCUUUUUGCCGGGAGGAAUUUUGUGGCCUGCAGUUUCCGGAGAUGGUCAAACAGUAGUAGCAAUUCGCACAGUAACUAAUGGAAACUGAUGAAAAAAACGAACCUAAAAAAAUUGAGAAGGGAAAAAAAGAAAAGAAAAGAUAGACCUUCUUUGUUCACAUUGUUUUGUGCUGUAUCAUUGUUUUUUUCUUCCUUGUUUUUGUUAUUGUUUGAUGUUGUUUUUUGCCUUCAAAUUGAAUCCAUGCUCUUAGAAAGGGUAACUGCCAGAAAUUUUCUUCUACCACUUGCUUAA